AGCUCCGCUGUUCUGAGGUGGGGCGUUAUUGUGUGUGCGGCGGCGGUGGCGGUCGGAGCAGGACCUGUGGGAGGAGGCUGGAGCGGCCCCGCUGGAGGGCACAAAGUUGUAGCAGUACCAACAAGAAGUUUAGGUGAACCUGAUUAUCAAUUUUAAAAAUCAACAACUAGAGGAUAUGAAACAUGGCAAGUCCAGAUAAAAGCAAACGGAAGAUAUUAAAAGCCAAAAAAACAAUGCCUCCAAGUUGCCGGAAGCAAGCAGAGAUUCUGAGUAAGUCAAAGAAUGUUGAAGCCCUGAAAACAAAAGCAGUUGGGGACAAUGUGUCAAGUGGCAAUCAGAAUUCAAGUACUGGUGUCAUAAGUAGCAAAUGUGGACUUUCCGAAAAUGACACUUCCUUAUUGGACUCAAACAAAAAUUCGGUAUGCAUACAGAAAAGUAAAGUGUUUUCUCAGAAUUUAACAAAACCACUAGAAGUCGUUGGUUCAGAAACAAGAUUGGAAUACAUUGAAGAACAAGCUAUGUGCCUGCACCAAAAGCCACGUGAAACAGUAGAAUCUCCCAGAAAACUCUUAACACAAGGGGCAAGAGAUUCACAAAACAUUUCUGAAAGCGAUGUUGAAUGUCGAGCAGAUGUAAGAAAAUCCUUUUUGGAACAACAUGAAGUGGAUUGUAAUACGAAAUCUAUUUGCCCACCAUCCAGUACAGUUCAAAUGCCAAAGUCUACAGUAACCAGUACCUUGGAUGAUAAGAUUAUUGACAAGAGACUUUCCUAUUUAAAAGCAAACUCUAAUUCUGAGUCACACGAUAAAAGACAAAAUGACAUUUUAAGUUCAGACAUCCAUUUUGUGCCUGUUGAUAAAAUACCUAAGGUGGCCAAUUCAGUCAUUUCUAGUGACUGUGCUGCUGGCAUUUUGAAAAGUGAGCCCUGUAGAACCUGUCAUUCCAGAAUUUCAGAUUGUGAAAGUACAUACGCAACGCGGCUGUCGUCACUUGACACUGACCAUUGUAACAGCCAUAAACAAAAGAAGAGGAUGUUUUCAGAAAACAAAGAAAAUGUUAAGCGCACAAAAACUUCAGAGCAAAUUAAUGAAACUAUUUGUGUAGGUCUGGAAAAGGAAACAGCAAUUCUGGAAAAGGUCAGACAUUUGAUUCGACAGGAGACCUAUAGUGCAAAUUACAAACUAUUUGAUAACAAACUGAAAGAAUUGACUGAGCGCAUUGGGAAGACACAGUGCAGGAAUAAGCAUGAAGCGAUAGCGGGUGAACUUUUCGCAAAAAUAACAAAACUUCAAAGAUGUAUUAAAACAAUUUGGCUAUCUCAAAGGAAUUGUUCAGAACCAAACAGCUUAUCCAAUGAUACAGCCUAUAAGUUUGCAAACUCAGAGACCACAGAUUCGGAUGAGAAUCCAGAGCCAGUUAUUAGUCCAGAUAAAAGAAGGAUUUAUGUGAACUCUGAACCUUCUACGCCUUCUGAAUAUGCAAAUGAAAAGAUUCACUUGUGGCAGGAUCAUAACAAGGCUGUUUCUGAAAGUAACGAUGAUCUCUCGAUUUCUCUGGAAAGUUCUAAUUUGACAACUCCAAUUACAUCAAGUCCAACAGAUUCUGAAAAAAUUCCAUCAGGAAAUUCUAACAGUUCACCUGAUGCUAAAAUUAAGGCUGUAGGGCAGAAAUUUGAUUCUGUGAUUGAUCUGACAAAUGAAGGCCUAUCAAACUGCAACCCAGGAAGUCCAAUAUCCAUCCUGGAGUCAUCUAUAAAAGCUAUUUCAAUCUCAAAAGAGACCGUUUCAGUGGCACCAAACGCAGCCCAGGUUCUUGAGUCCUUUGAGCACCUGCCACCCCUUCCACCACCACCGUCACCACCGCCUGAAGUGGUGGACAGAGUCCGAGACACACUUCCGCCCCAGAAGCCUGAGCUCAAAGUGAAACGGGUACUGAAGCCCAGGGGCAUUGCCCUGACCUGGAACAUCGCCAAGAUCAACCCCAGGUGUGCUCCGGUGGAGAGCUACCACCUCUUCCUGUGCCACGAGAACCCUAGGAACAAGUUGAUCUGGAAGAAAAUUGGAGAAAUUAAAGCUUUACCACUCCCAAUGGCCUGUACUUUAUCUCAGUUUUUAGCUUCCAACAAAUAUUAUUUCACUGUCCAAUCAAAAGAUAUUUUUGGGCGAUACGGACCAUUUUGUGAUAUAAAGUCUAUCCCUGGGUUUUCUGAAAACCUUACCGAAAAGAGAAGUCUUCAAUAAUUACAUAUUGUACCGCAUUUUGUUUUGUUUUUUCACAGUUGUUUGUUCACAGUGUUUCUGUAACACUAUUUGCCAUCUUAAAGGGCCAGUUCAGAUUGUGAACCCUUUGUAUAGGGACAGCCAUCUUCCCUGUGUUGUAAGUGACCUCUAGUUUCAUGAAUCUCUGAUUUGCAUUCAGUAAGGACUUGCAGUGGGUGGGUAUGUUCUGAAACAUACACUACACUAUCAGAGACCCACGUCGCUAAGCUGUGCUGUGAACAAUACCUUUAGUGGCUCUGGGGCUGCUGAUACAGAAGCCCUAGUUUACAAGUAACCAUGUCCUCUGUUGACAGCCAGCUUUUGGUUACCUACUUGUGGUCUGUACAGGUAGGGAAAAAUCAGCUCUACUGAGACCAGAUCAUUCCUAGGGUGCAUCUCCACCAAGAGUUUAUUAAAUGUCUUCUCAUCCUGUUCAAAUCUAAGGGCUAUUAAUGUGUGCCCUCCACAUCCCCGUCCCCCCCACCCCCUCCAAUUUUUGUCUGUGUCAGUCAUUUGGGGAAAACAGGAAGUUUUCCCUAAAUGUGUAUAUUUAGACACAUAAUAAAGUUAAAUAUUGUGUGCUGUGUACACAGUACAGAAUGUCUUAUAAAAGCAUUUUUUGACCUAUUUCAACUGAAGAAAAUGGAGUUGUCUGCCUUAGAUUUAAGGCUUUAAUUUGUUGACUCCCUAAUUCUACCCUUGUUUCCUGGCUGUCGUCGUUACCUGGAGAAAGAACGUAUCACUAAGGGGCUCCAACAGAUGUGUCCCGGGCAUGCCUCUGUGUGAGGAACACGAGUGAGGCUGAUGCUAGAACCAGGAGCCCUGGCAGCUCAGCAGGUAGAGAAGCUGGAGGCAGCGGGUAGUGGGAUGUAGGCAGCUGUUAGAACCGGUGGCCCCAGGGAAGGGGAAGACAGGAGGGAAACGGGGUCAACGCUUCACAGUAAAUGAGCCGCAUCCUGGACUUGUGGAUAAUUCAGCUUGAAAAGCAAGGGGGUCUUCCUAGCAACGAGCCCCAGGCAAUCCUGUGAACUUGUUUGGCUUAUAAACCCUAGAAAAGGCAGCCCCGGGCAGUAUCCUCUCCUGGAGCCCCUCCCGUCUAGAGUGAGUCUUUUUCUUUCCUUUUCCCUCCUCAUUAAAGGCUUUGCUGGUUGUUUCAUA